GGGCGUGUUCAAACACACUACCGAGGCAGCAGGAGGCAUUGUAGUGAGUUAUUACACUCCAGAGCAGCAGCAGCACCGCUUCUGAGGAUGCGGUGACAGCAGCGGCGACAUUUCUUUUCCUUUAAAAGAAGAGAUCUGUGUGUAUCUGUUCCGUUUGGAUAUCCCAGAGUUGAUCUGAGCGCUUUACGCCUCCUUCCCUUUUGAUGAAUGCACUCUCAUUGUCAACCUGCUGGGGGCCUUAAAGUGAAGCAGCACCCGGCUUUAUGAAUGGAGAUGCUCGGUAAGUGUGUGUGUGUGUUUCAUUGUUUACACUCGCACUUUUUACUCCAGCAAAUAAAACUGUAGCAUUUGCAUUUGUUUGUACGGCACAGAUGUGUAUUUUAACAGACGGAGCGGCUUUAUUCAGCGGAUCAGCAGAGCGCACCGUGCGCAAGGCAGCUGACUCUUUUGUGGUCAGCUACUUAUUGUUCUGCUGCCAUUGACCCACCCAGGAUCACAGCUUUAUUGUACUGUGAUCGAGUCAGCAGACAGUGAUAAAUGCAAAAGUAGAUUGAGUGCUUUUUAAAUGGACUCUGUAAGGACGUAUUUUUUACGCUUUGGGGCGUUUCUUGUUGUCGCGAGAAUUGAGCUUAUUUGUCUGCAGCCCCCCAAGCGACAGCAAUCAUAUCUGUGUUUAAUUUGAGUUUGUUUCUCAGAGGCUUAGGCGAGUGCAUUGGUUUCUCUCUGUUUACUACACAGUGAAAUUGUCUUGGGUCUCCAGAGAUGAGAAGUUGAGUUUUAAAAAACUCCUAAAAGGCUUAAAAUUGGAUAAAUUUCUGCUUCUAAACUUGUUGGAGAGCGUUUGACUUGCUCUUUUAAAAGGCAGUUAAGAAGUUGAACUUUGCACAUAUCGACUCGCUGCUGGUCACAAAUCUAACACGAUCAGAUGACUAAACAAAAUUCGUCCACUGCACACUUUCUGCCCCAGCAUGCACUGCAAGCCUGUGUUGUUUGUCCACUUCAUUACCUAUUAUUUCCAGGGUCUGUUGACUUGGCAGUGCGGCUCAAUUUGCUUGGCAUUGGUGUCACAGUGGCAUCUGAAAGCUCACCGACCUGGAUAAUAGGACGGUGAAGGGGCCUCAGGUCUGUCGGCCAUCACUCCAUCAACGCCAUGCUGAAAAGAACUCCUCAGCAAUUGUUUGAGGAGAUAAUGUUAUCACAGCCUGCUGCUCGGGAGGCAAAUUGGGUGGCUUUCUUUGUUUUAGCCUGUUUAAAUGUGACAUUUGACCUGCCUUAUCCGAAAACACGCAGAGGGCUUUGUGAGAUGUCAGCCCGCUCUGCCUGGACUUGGUGAUGGAUUCAAGUUGAUGACACAGCAAACAAGCAGGACUCAUCGCCAAAAUGGAUGUGUCACAGGCUUAGCCCGUGGACUUAUUCACCCAGGAGGGCCUCGGGAAAACAGACGACACAUUUUUUAAACCAGCCUGCACAGGCUCUGCCUCCUUCGCCGUCUUUUCUAAUUCUUAAAUUACAAAGUAUCUAAUUGCCUGCAGGAGACAUGUGUUUAGUGCCUGAAGGUGAAAGUUAUCCGCCCUCUGUGCUGUGUUCAACACUGUGCCAAACACUGUCAUUGGGCACAGUAGAGUGCACAUUGCUGGAGCGUGGCCUUACCGGCUCAGAAUUACGUUUGCAGAAGUAAACAGAGGGUUGCUGCACCGUAUACUUUCUAUUUACAGACAAAUCAGAAACUCUGAGACCUCCUGUGGUGGCGCAGAGGUUCGAGAAUUAGCCAGUUUGUGGCUGGUGAGUGUGUAUAAGUCCAGCGUCCUGUGUUUGAACAUGUCUGCACAGUGUGUGUGUGUGUGUGUGUGUGUGUGUGUGUGUCCUGUUCUGUCCAGCCCCUUCACAUUCCAGGAAAUACCGAUAUAAACUGUUAUUUUUUUUCCUGGAAUGCCGCUGAGGAUGCAGAUAGUAAACUCCAGGAUUAUUAUAGAGGACGUGACAGCUCCUCAUGAAGGAUGUGCAGCAUAAGUAGCACGUUAUUGCUUUUACCACAGGCCUGCAGAUGCUAACUCGGUUGCAAACUCUUCCUCCUUUUUGUGUGUGUUUGCUGGAUUUUCUCACAGCAGUUUAUUUGUACACUAAGUGCCACCUACCUUUUUUGUGACCUUGUCCUGACAUCUCGUUCUGAGAGCGUCUCAAGUCUCAGUGUGUGAAUGCCGUGUUUGUUCCUGUGUCGCUUGUUUGGUGGCAUUGUUUUCUGGUCGUAUCCAGCAUGCUGCAUUGUGACUCUACGAGGCCGGGGUUGGUGGUUUGAGCCAGAGGAAAUGUUUAUUCUUCUCUACCAUCCUGUUCCCUUGUCAAUAGUUGUAAAUAUUGGAUGGUGUUGACAUCAGGAUAGCAGCAGACUAAGACAUUCGUCUGGAAUCUAAAACCUCAGAAAUCCAGUGUAACCUGAACCCAACAUUUCUUGCUAUUUCACCCAUUUAUUUUGUACUUUAAGCACUUUUUAUUUCCACUUUAGAAGUCAGGCUUUUGUCACACAGAAGUCAAGUGAUUUUCUUUAUUGUCGGAAGAAUAAAAUCUGACAAAAAGAGCCCUUCUCUGUUUGAUAGCUACUUCUCUGGCUUGUCUCCAGCCUGUGAAAUUUUGUAGCUUUUCUGCUCUUCUGACCCUGUAAUUAUAGCACUCUCGCACUUUAAAGCAUGAUUCUCUGCAUCCCAUAAUUUCCCUGCAUUCUUUCCAUUGAGGAGCGCAGGUUUCCACUCGAGGGUUUUCAAAAAAAAAAAUGUAACCUCACUUGUCUUCUGCCGCGUUUAAGAGUCACUUGACCGGUCUGUGCCAGUCUGCCAGCUUUGUCUCGUCUUUCUGAAGCAGUUGGAAAAUAAUUUAUUUACCAGAAUCCAGAAUGAUACGAACGUGUCCCCUUUUGUGCUGUUGUUGUUGUUGGACGCACAGUCCCAGCUCCGGCCCCACAGCCCCUGCAGGUUAUUAAAGCUGUGUGUUGAUGGAGAUAUGGCCUGUUUGUUUGCUGCGCCCAUCAGUAAUACAGUAUGAUGGAGGACAGCUUUGUUUACAUUAUGAGCGGCCCAGGAAGGGGCAGGCAGAGGAGAUUUCCGGAGAGAUGGGAGGGUUUGCUGCGUUAUUUUCUCCCGGCCCUUCCUGUAGACAUACCCCCAAACACGAUAACGCCUUUUCUCUGUGAAAUAUUCGCAUCAUGUGUGGCCCUUACCAGUACUUAUCUCAGCUCUUCUAAUUAACCACAUUCUUCUGAUUCUGAGCGUACGUAUGUGGUUUACACCGAGUCAUCUCACGGAGGGUUAACGACGACCUGGAGCUGGUUGUUGACCUCGCACAUCCAGCUGGACGAGAAUGAAAGCGGCUGGGAACGGUUCCUGCAAUGUGUCAUUACCGCGAGAGCAAUACAAAAUAUUGCAAAGUGGUUAUUUCUGGCACGCUCUCCUGUUGAUAUUGCCAGUGUCAACUCACUUUCUGCUCGUUCUCUGUGAUUAUAAGACACUUUCAAAGCUUGGAGCGGAGCCAGUUUCUCCCACCAUCCAUUUGUUUUUAGAUGCCAUGCCCGGCGCACAGAUGACGCCGAGUCUGAUCCAUGUUGGCUGCAGGUUCCUCAUGCAUGCUUGCUGCUUUUAUUCAGAUCAGAGACGGUGGUGUAUUAGGCGACGUGGAUUAUAUAAAGAGAUGUUUAUCCGUCUUGUUUAGCCCACAGAAUACUUCACUGUCUUCGAGUGGAUACAACACUUUCCCCCCGCUAUCGCCUCCGUCCACCGUUUAAGUCUGUUACAAUAAAAGCCGCCGGCUCAAUCAAAGGCGGACGACAGAGAGGGAGAAAAGAGAGAUGGAGUGUCGUGUCUGGAGGCUGCGUUGGCUGUAAAUGUGAAAGAGACAAGUCAUCUCCUCUCGGGUAGCAGAGGUCAGCUGGUACACGUUGAGCUGACUGGCUGCAGGCCUUUUCUCUGCCAGGAAGCUUUUCAUUGGCUGUCAUGGCUUGUUUGAAAGCUACAGCGUCUGCUCUUCUGUGCUGACCUGGUCAUCAUUCGUCCAUCAAUUUAAACCCCCUCCUGCCAGCCUUUCUCAUCUGUGCCUUGCAACCUUUAUCGCCGGCACAUUAAUAAUUAUGACGCUGCUUUCAAUUUGAAGAGGUUGCCGCAUUUCCCCGACUGCCGCGUCUCUUUUAUUUUAGGGCGUCUGCGGCCUUUACACUUCAUUUACAAGUGUACUGAGUGUUAUUUUUAAACACUGCCGAGUUCUUGUAAGUUUAUUCUCCCUGCUCCAGCCGCUUACUGAUCUAAGGAUAGCUACCGAUUUAGUAGUCAGUUGAUAUGAAUGCCAAUUCAAAAGCCCACAGGCACUUUUAUUAGCAGGAAGGCUCUAAAAAGCAGUCAUGCUUUGAUCCUUACCGAGCAAGACAUCCUGCUGCGUGAGGUGUGAUAUUAGCAUAACAGACCGCCCAACACCAACAUGACAGGUAUGAGCGGGGACGGCGGAAACAGCACCGUGUGAGGGCUUUUACUCAUUUCCCUCUGAUUAGGAAUGUCUCCCUCGAUUUGUUUGUUUUAUUCUUGGCAGCAGUUUUGACUCGAAUAUUUGUGUGUGUUUCCUAAAAUGUUUUUGUUGGGCUGCAGCUGAAUAUUACUCUCAUUAUUUCCUCCUCUAACAUACCAUGUUAUAAGUUCCUGAGGUUGCAAAUAAGGAAAAAACCAAAUGGUGCAGCUUUAUCCACCUUGUCCUGUCUGAUUAACAGUGAAAAAAGGUAUAUUUAAAGCAUGUAAAGGAGACAUGCCAGUCUGGGAAACCUAGUGCCAAGUAUGUUUGCAGUUUUUUAAGCCUCUGCCUGAAAUGCUUCAUUUUGGCUGAUUUUCCACAGAGAUACAAUGGGACACAGUUUGGGGGUGCUACUUUUCACACAGCCGUGUAGUCAUGAACUGACCCCUGAUGUGGCUGUGAUUGUUGCAUUUAAAGUAAACAUGUCGGCUAUUGCUUGCUGUAGUAAUGUUACUCCUGAGUCUGCAGCUCUUUGUAGAUACAGCUCCUGGUUCCAGUAACAAUUGAAAUGUAAAUCCAGCUCACCGUGGAGUCUUCAGCCAAGUGGGGAGGACAAACAGCAAAAAAAAAACUGUUUUUCUGACACAUAUGUCUCUAGAAAGUGAAUAUAACUGCGACUUUCCUUCACAAUGAAAAUAACACUUGUAUGUAGAUGUAGAGAAGGGGAAAAAGUAGAGCAUGGGAACGGACUUCUCAAGGUGGAGCUACUGGACACUUGAAAGUUUUUCCAAAAAGACGACAAAGCUCGACUUCAAGCUCAGACUAAAGUCCCGCAAAGUUCUUGGAACAAGCUGUUCAGAGAAGCCGGAAAACACAUCUGGGGUGGAUGCCAACAUUCGUGCAUCUUACCUCUUCAAACUUUGCCAAGGUUCAGUGAGGACAUUUACUGCUGUAGCAUUUUAAGUAAGCAUAAAAACACAGAUUGGCAUCAUGGGUCUGCUUCAGAACAAAAGAAAAGACCAAGUAUCUCACCGCAGACAAACUGGCACUCUUCUGUUUGACCUUUCCGGUUGAUUUAUGUCAAUGGUUUAAGCUCUAAAUCUAUUAAAUGUGAUGAGAAUUGUGGGUCACGAUAAAAUUGAGAGACACAGACGUAAACACAGGCCAGGUUUUGGGUCUGAACAGCGUCUCUGUUACCGUGGCCUGCAUUUCCCAAUCAUUUCCAGCACGCCACUGUAACAGAUUUGGGAUUUACCUUGCUUUUCAGACCACAGCGGAUUUACACUUUGAUCCAAAACGAGCCCUCGGCCCCUCUUGCUGUACUGGCACAGCGUGGGGAAGAGAGGCGUUGCAAAUGGGUGCUGGGGCAAGAGGGCACAUGGAGACACCCUGUGGGUUCAAAACAACUUGAGCUGAAUCCACAAGACCACAAGCAAAUGGCACAAUGCUCCCAGUGGCCUACAUGGGCCUUUUGAAGCAAACCUGGCUUUCUAUGCAAGUAGGAGGUCUUUAUGCUAAAUUGUAAGAGCAGCGUGUUUUCUUGUUGCUGUAUUCACCUCAAAUGGCAGUGUCAGCUUGAUGUCUGUUGGUCCCGUCUGUGUGAUUGUGAGAUAAUGUGAUUUCCGUUGUUUGUCCUCAGGCUGCUCCGUCCUAAAUGAGAUAUUAAGCCGGCUAACUGAGUUGCAUGACAGAUACCUAUCUCGCAGAGGCCAUUUGUCUGCCUAAUUACUGGAGCAUGUGUGUGCGUGUGAGUGUGUGCUUGCGCUUAAACACGUGGGAAUGAAUGAGUUUCCAGUAACGAAUGUUUGCAAAUGGUUCGCGUGUUUUCUGCAGGCGGGGCUGUUUAAGUUGUCAAUACCAGAGAGGAAACCGGCAAUUUGCAGUCUCUGUUUUUCACACACAUUUUAGGUUGCAUGUGACCUCCCUCCUCCCCCCAAAACGUCAUUUCACCCUUAGGUCAUGCAGUCGUCCAUCCAGGUCAGUGACUCCAAAUGAAGCAGACAGAGUCCCCCCGCUUCGACAUGGCAGCGGCAGCAGCCCUCUCCCAGACCGUAGAAUACACACUGGACAAAUUAAGCACAAAGAAGCCGCAUCAAUACUCAAUUAGGGAAAUGGACCAUUAGUCAUGUUGGAGUCUGUGUGUGUUUGAGUGUGUGUGUGUUAGUGUUGACUAGCUUAGUGUGAGGGAAGUGAAAAGCUUUGUCUUGCUUGAACACUAAUUAUUGAGGAGGUCGAUAUUUCUUAUUAAUGUUAAAGAGGACACUUGAGCUGUUUCACACAUUCACUCUUAAAAAAGUCUGGAAAAUUUCAGGAGAGUUUUCUCUUUGCACAUGUCCUCUUUCUGCUUGCAAAGAAGGUAAUGUUUCACAGACUUAAGAUUAAAACCACUGAUCCUUCAAUUUUACUCUCCCAUAUGUUUUUAUUUACUUUCUGUCUGGUUUUCCUAUUUUUGCUCCCCUCCCGACCCCCGGCAUAUGUCUGUUGGCUGUCAACGAUGGCAGCGAAGUAUAUUUUUAAAAAAGUUGGCAGAUGGAGACAGAGUUAACUGUCUAACAACAGUUUUAACCUUUAUAUCCAAGCAAUUAAGUGAAUCUACAGAGUAAACAAAUGACAGAAAAAGAACUCACUGUAGAAAGACAGUUUCAAUAUGGGAAGAAUUUUUUCCCCAUCGUUUACCUCUAAAUCCUCUGGAUUCACAGGUGUUCAAUUUAGAAGUGUUUCCUAUUGAGAAGUGCAUUUAAACAGCUUAAUCUUUAUCUAUAUUGAAUUUCCCUUCUGAGAUCAAUUAAGUUCUUCUUCUUUUUCUUCCACUACUUCGACUACUUCUACUUCUUUUCUUCUUCUUCUUCUACUUCUACUUCUUUUCUCUUUGUUUUCUUCUACCUCUUCCACUUCCACUUCUUCUUCUACUUCCUCUUCUUCUACUUCUUUGCUCUUUGUCUUCUUCUAUGUUUUGUACUUCUACUUCUUCUACUUUUACUUCUACUUCCACUUCUUCUUCUUCUUCUUCUUCUUCUUCUUCUUCUUCUUCCACCUCUUCUUCUUCUUCCACUACUUUUACUUGUACUUCCACUACUUCUAGUUUAACUUCUACUUACACUUCUACUUCUGCUCUUCUUCUUCUUCUUCUUUCAUUAAUUCUUCUUUCAUUACUUCUUUUACUUCUACUUGUACUAGUACUUCUACUUCCAUUCUUCUUCUUCUUUUUCUUCUUUCAUUACUUCUUUUACUUCCUCUUCUUGUACUUCUACUUGUACUUCUACUUACACUUCUUCUGCCAAUAGUAGUGCAAAAAACUGACAGCUUUUGCUAUAGUUUCGAACCAUAAUAGCGUUUUUAAACAAGGUAGCAAACUUAGACAGAACACUUGCCACAUGGUACAGAUGUAAUUAUCCAUCUGCUUACACAAGCUCAUCCUGACACAACGUUCAAAUCAUACUGGGAUGAUGGUUGGAGAUGUUUGGGUUGAAGUCUGGAUGACACAUGUGGCUAUUUGUGUUCACACGUGUAGCUCACCUGGUUAAUCUCAGACAAUUUUAAUGGACUUUUGAUAAAACCUUUGUCAUGCUCACAAACAUCACCAAUAGGAGUUGACUGAUGAAUAAGCAUUAUUUGCAAGCAAUACAUACUGGCGGUAAGAAUGAAAAACUCCCUGUUGAAGUUUAAAACACAAAAACUGUUUGAUUGUCUUUAGAAAAUGUUCAAUUAAAACAGGAACUUCAUAGACAAGAUAAGAGUUAAUAGUGCAGUAGGUGAAGCAGAGUCGAGAGUAAAAACAGACCCAGAGGGAAAGACACACCAGCACUCGAGCCACGGUAACACACUUCUUUAAUUAAUCAGUGAACUUUUUAACCAUCUGUAAUAUUAAAGGAGGAUAACAGUAAUCGGCCAAUUGCCAAAUAUCAGCCAAGGCAAAAAAUUCAAUCAACUCCCACUCACGGAUUCAUUUUUCUACUUCUUUUUUUCCUCAUAGCUGAUUUUUAAAACCUUGUAUUUAAAGUGACUUUUGAGGCCAUGCUUAAUCUCAAUUCCCUUCCACUUAUCAAGCAUCUUUCUGCACUGUUAAGAAAUGACUGCGACGUCUACAAAAUUCUCCCAGGUGAAUUCACCAGGUUACCGUCUGAUUUAGUGCACCUUUUUUCACUCCUUUCUGUUAAAGGGACCCUUUUUCUAUUUAUCUCCCUCCUACGAUAUUUCUGUGCUUUUCCCUCCGAGGAAUUGGGUGUGUAUUUUCUCCCCGCAAAGUGGUGGCUAUAACCAUAUAAUAUUUAAGCAGAUUUAGAAUCCUCCCUAGACCCAGCAGGCCUAGGUAUUUAUAUUGAUAAUUGGGUUACGGGAUCUAUAAACAGAGCUCACUUUACAUUCCCAUGACAUAAAUACAUUUGGGGGGAAAUGAGUUUGAAUAUCAGUUACCCAAAAAAGAUGUAAAAAAGAUUAGAGAAGUUAGGCGGCGUUGGUUUAGAAAUGUCCCCACUGUGCUCAAGUUUAUCAUAAUGCGCACACACACGUGCACACACACUGCUGCUUUAACUCAGACCUGAGAAAUACCACAUUGGGACUCGUCAGUCACCUUAAAACUCGCAUACCACUGCAAGGGCUCAAGGUCUGCAGGUCAGAGAGCGGUGUCAGCGUGUGUUGGUUUUCGAGCAGCCUGUAAAACGAGUCAGACUUCAGUGUUGAAAUGAAAUGAUGCAGAUGUGCCUCGCUCUCUCUUCCUGUCUGUUUUUGUCCCACAUUCUGCAUCUCCUCUGCAGCCAGACCCCGAGUGUUGUGAAAGUCUGUUUAUAAAGUCAAACCCCCCCCCUACUGGGACCCCGUAGUUCCCACGCUAACGGCUGCCUUCUCAGGCCCUUUUCCACUUUUUCAUUUCACGUGUACACCCACACAUGCGCGCACGUACGCUCGCACAAAGCUACACAAAGCUAUAAAUAAAGCACGGGGCUGUGAAUCGGAUUUUGAUGUAGUUGCUAAAGGCUUGUGCUUGUGCAGAGCUUUUUGGAUCUGAUUUAGAUUCGGCAGAUGAAGAAGCCAUAUCCUUGCAACGGGGCACUAUUGAGCUUUUCAGCUUGAUCUUGGCCUGGGGGCGUUGGGAAGGGGGUGAGACAGGGGAGUAGGAGGGAGGCUUUCACCAUCUCCCCUUGUUCCAUCCCCUGGUUGUUUUUCUUUAUCUGUUUAUGCCACCCAGAAGCAACGAGCCAGAAAAAAAAAAAACUGGCUGGGUGUGAAUUAUGUCCCCCUCAUUAUUUUCCCCAGAAAACAGAUUAGAACAUGCAGCUUCAAUAAUAAGCAUGCGAGCAAAAAAAAAAGUCACUUUGUUUGUGUGUUUUGGCUGAAAAGCGUUGAGAGUUCAUGGAAAGUUUUCACAUCAUGUGAAAAAUGCCCCAAUCUUGUUCCACUUCAUAUAGAUCCUCCUAUCAGCUUGUCUACAGCAGCGGAACAUUUGUGUGUUUUAAUUUAUUUAAAGUUUCACCAGCAAAAAUACACACAACAUGGAUGGAGAGACAGAGUGAAAACACAGCAGACAUGAGACAGAGAGGGCUGUAUUGUACUGGGUCUGGGUUGACACAGAAGGAGGCCAUGUGUUGCACGCUCAUAUGAAGCCUGAAGCGUUCUGCAGCCCUAGACAGGAAACACUGCUGCUUUGCUUGCAGGAGGGUGUUUCCAUAGAAACCGAAGCAGGUGAGGGCAUUAACAGGAAGAGGAGUAGAGUCUCAGCUGGCAAAGACGAGGGGGGAGUGGAGACAGAAGAACGAGGUCAACGCACUAAAAAGCCUGCCACAUGAAACAACCAAAUUCUCCCGCCGGCACUUCUGCGGAAAACAACUCUGACUUAAAUGUCUUUUGAAGGCUGGCCUGCAACAAAUCCAAAGUCAAGGUUAAGUUGCUGACUGUUUGGUGAUCCUUUCUGUGUUGAGCGUGAGUAAACAAAGAGAGAGGUAUUAUGUGCGAGUCGGAUAGGGGCACACUGGAGACGGCAAGGUAGGCGUUUUCACCAGGCCUGCUUGCAUGAAACAAAGGAGAAUUUUCCACCUUACAAGUCCGAGGUGUUUUUGUGUUUAUGAUGUCUGUCUGCAGAAAAUGCUUGCGCCUCACUUGCAGACCACCAUGGCAGAGCUCUUUUGAUGUGUUUUUAAUGUGUGGGGAUGUAUCACUAACGAGACGCCCCGCUCCUUUUCUCCAGUGUGGCACCCGAGGAAGUAUAGCGUGACUAGCUGGCGGUGAGGACUGUGGUGAGGUUUCCUGUCUGGGUUGCAUAUUUCAACACUGCAGAAACACCUUUUCGUUAAGCUGUCAGUCAAAACAAAGCUCUUAGAGACCUGUCUCUCUGAGGGAAAAGGAAAUGCAUAAGCUAUAUUCCCUCCUUUUUUUCUCUGAUCACUAUGGCUUACACAUUCGUCAAAACACUGCUUCUGUUUCUGCUGAAUAGCUUCCCCGACUGAUAUGGAUGUUUUUGUUCUCUGAUGUUUACAUAAUUGAAUUCUUUUGUGCCUACUAGAUUAGAUUUUGGGCAUAUACAGACGGCUGUUCAGUCAAAGUUGAGUUUUCACACAAGAAAAUCUCCGGCCAGGACUCAGCCGUCUCUCUUCAUGUUGGUCUGUGGUUGGUGUUUUUCUUUCAAUUAUAAUUCAGAUUUAAAAGCAGGAUCCUGUGAUGCUCCCCGUGCAUUUCCAAGGUCAUCUCACAGAGAUGUUAGAGUGUGGCUUAUCAUUAUGGAUGUGCAUAAUUGAAAGCUUGAGCUUGUGUAAUCGCUUAAACAUUACGAAUUCUUGGAGAUGUGUUUAUUUACUUGACGGGAUUAAACAGGGAAGUGUAAAUAUUACGCUGCACAGUUACGAUGUUGGUGCUGACAUAUUGUGCUGGAGACCGCCGUUGGAGCGCAGUGUGGAUCAGGUGGUUGAGCUAUUAUAUUGACAUCCUGACUCACCAGAAUGCUCAUUUGACUCACUAAUAAAAUGUCAGGGGAUCCAGGUCCACACAGUCCACAGCAGGCGCUUUGAGUCAGACACUCACAGUAAUGGCUGCACGAAAAAUUGAUAUUGUAAUUCCCUUAUAUGCAAUGCAAAAUGAAAAAAAGGUCAGGAUUCUCACCAGAGGGGUGUUUCUGUGUUUUUGUAAUGGAUUAAAAAAAUAAAUAAAUGGAAAUCACAUCUUGAUUUUCCCACAUUGGGUCCAGACAUCUGACAAUCAUAAACUUUACUAAUAAAUGCACUUACUCAGUUUUUUAAGUUAUAUCAAAACUUCCAUAAGGUGUUUUUUGACAUUUACAAAACAGACUGAUAUUUAUAUUGCUGCCUUUUUAUGAUAUCCAAAUGCAAACAAGACCAUCGGUGAUGAGAUUGGACGAGAUUAGUAUCCCAGUUUCUAAUGCUCAAAUGCUGCACAAGGGGUAGGUGUUUUUUACAACAUGGAAUAUUCCCAAUAAGUGACUUUUUGACUGGCAAGGGUCAGCUGUAUGAUGUUUUUGUCUAAGGUCCCUUCCUAAUAGGGGCGGGAACCACUAGUGGACAUGAUUCUAUAUUAUCACGAUGCUUGGGCCACCAUAUGAUAUUAUUGCGAUUGUUAACAUUUUGCAAUGCAGUGAAUAUCGCGAUACAAUAUAUUGCGAUUUAUACAAUUUUUUCAACUGUUUAGCCAAGUUAGCAUUUGUCUUUCCUUUAUGUUUAUCUUAUUUACUCAGUAUUUUAUUUUCAUGUAGCACUUCUUGCAAAUCUUACAUAUAUAUAUUUGUUGCACUAACUUUCUCCUGCUCUAUGAUGUCCCCUUUGCCAAGCUCACUGGACAAACAGUUGAUUUUAUUUUUCUAUUAUUAUAGAUUUAACUUCGUAAAAGCAAUUAAUUUGAAGAAUCGAUACCUGGUAAACGAGAUGAUAUGAUAUAUCACCAGACAAAAUAUCGCGAUACUAGGCUGUAUCUAUUUUUUUCUCUCACCCCUACUACCGAAGCACAGAAAGGACUGAUUUGUCCACAGAGGGCGCCAAAAUCGACACAAACUUAAAGUUCUUCAUAGAAGCUUUAAAUCUGCAUCAACAGCCCAUGACAGUAACUUAAUAAAAAAAUUAAAAUUCCCCAUCAAGUUGUUAUUUUCACAACACCACAGUCAUGUGAAAGUGCAGACACAUAAAGCAGACAGUCAUGAUACACAGAUACAGACUCUUCAUCUCUACAGUAGUCAGUUCUCUGUGUUUGCACUGAGGGCUGCUCUUAGAUGAUAUAAGAUAAUCUUUUAUUGUGGAUCAACCGUGGAAAAUGAGAAACUGAUGACAGCAUGACUGAUAUUACUCAUCACAGGAUGUGACUACUUUGCACGUGCUCUUACGUUGUUCAGCCUUACUCAUGGUUGUAGAGGGUCCAGUAGUUGUUGUCUAUGCCACCGGUCUGGCAUACUGUAGGAGCUGCAUUUAUUGACAGAGCUGUCAAUCACAGGGGUGUAUCUCAUUUUUACAGUGAAUUCAAAUAACUGAAUAAAACUCAACGUCUUGAUUUAAAUCAGCUUAACAAGAAUUCAUGUCUGAGGAAAACUUGGUUGAGGUGUAUUUUCAUUUUCUUGUUUGAUUCAUGUCUCAUCUGUUAACAUGGAGGAGGCAAACUGCAUGAACUAAACAGCCAGCCAGUCAAAAUAGGCAGCUACAGGUGUUUUGGCUUCACUUUUAAAGGGGGUGGCAUGUCAUCCAUCAUUUUGUAUAUCUUUCUGCUUGUAUAUUUAAUAUGGUUUUGCGCCCUGUUGUUUUUUAAUCACUUUAAUUUAAUCACUGUUAAUUUGACCCUUUUUUUCUGUUCCUCAGGUUUCCAGGCUGACAGUUGAGAAGCAUCAAUAUUCCCUCGACAGUUUCCAACAAGAAGUAUCUUCUCCUCUCUUGACUGCAUCUUGGACUACCUCUCUUUGCAAAACAAGCCUCCACCAAUCAGCCACCAUGCCUAUCCUGAAACAGCUCGUCUCAGGCUCCUCCCACACCAAACGUCGCUCCCGGAUGGACUUGACCCGGGAGAUGAUCAGCGCUCCUCUGGGCGACUUCCGCCACACCAUGCACGUAGGUCGCAGUGGGGACGCGUUUGGCGACACCUCCUUCCUCAGCAGCCGCUCGGGAGAACCCCCCGCCGAAACCACGUCCUACCCCAGCUCCCCUCGUCCCGGCCUCCUGUCUCGCACCUUCAGGAGCAGCAAACGCUCCCAGUCUGUGACCAGAGUGGACCAGCAAAGUAACGCCUUAGUGGUUCCCGGUGGGUCGCCAACUUAUGUGAAGAACGCCAUGUCCCUUCCCUUCCUCUAUGAUGACAGAGGGGACAGUAUGGUAGGGAAGAGUUUGUCCUCAAGUCCGUUACAGCAGCCUGGGGAUGUCGAUGGCAGAGGCGCAGCUGCAGCUUCAGCCGCUCACAUUCUAGAGCAGGAAGAACGAAACUUCGGCGAGCUGACAGAGCUCCCGGAGACUUCCCACCACUACGGAGGCGGCAUGAAACGUGCAGACUCAGUCAUGUCUUUCCACGUAGAUCUGGGACCAUCGAUGUUGGGUGACAUCUUGGGAGUGAUGGAGAAGGAGGAUGAUGAUCUGGGCUAUGAGGAGGGCAAGAGCAGCGAAGGCCGGGCCUCACCGCCCCUGAGCACACACGAAGAAGAGGAGAACAGCAUGGAAAGAGAGAAAGAGGAGGAUACAGAGGAGCAGAUGGAGGAAGAGGUAGAGGCUGUAGAGCUGCAGGAGGGCUCCACGCAUCCAGCUGGCUCUAUUAAUCUGGAGCCGGAGAACGGAGGGCCCUACACCCCUGAGUACACCCCUGAGACUCGGCCCAAACACUUGCAGCACCUAGACAGCUGCUCCAUGUCUAGCUCUGGCUCUGCCGCCUUGGAUGAGAAACCAAACAGCCAGACUUACGCAGGAGACACAGACAGCGCCACCUUCAGUGCCCCGCCCGAGGAGGAGAGCAACUUCUCCUCUUUCUUAGAGGAUGAAGACGACGAGAUCCGCGUAUGAGAUUCUAAAGCCUUCUAAAAACAGCACAGAGAUCUGGAAGGGGGGUUUAUGUGGAGCUAGCAAGUCCUUGACAGUGUGGAUUUGCACUUGAACAGAUAUGAGACACUGCUGGCGGGUGCUGUGGGACUAGAUAUGUAAGGAAGACAGAGGACUCCCUCUCUCUGUACGGAGAGAGUGACUGCUCCUUUAGGACGAGCCCAAACUCCAUCUGUCAGAGAGUCUUACCCUCCAUUUUCUGUUUGUCUGUCAAUCCGUCUUUGGCUUUUUUGAACACGGAGGGAACUGACGUGGAAUAGCAGCCGCUUUUUUGUCUCUGGAACAUUCCAAAAGUAAGCAGGGAGGUCUGGUUAGAAAGAAACUUUGGUAGGAAAAACACUUUCCACAGCUAAAGCUCGGUUCACACUUUCUUUCUCUGUCUGUCUCUUCUUACUUUGUAUGUCACAUGUGCUUUCUUCAUCAAGUCCCCCUCCUCUUUUCUUGUUGUGCUUUCUCCCCUCUCUCUCUCCUUCUCGCUCUGCCUCUGGGACAUCAAGAGGCCUGAGCCGAGCAGACUAGGCCUCUGUCGCCACAGGAUCACCGGUAGGUAUCUUGUCACAACAAAAAGAGGCCGUGUUUGACACUGGAGUGUGAAGCCUUGCCUCGAGCCUCCGUUAUCUGAAAACAUUACAGCAAAGUGCCAUAGAUCUAUCCGAGUUCUCCCCCCCUUAUGUAACUCAGGGUCCUUGCGACGCCGCUCAAAGGCUGCCAUUUCCUGCUGUAAAGCUGGACCACAAAGCCCAAAACCAAAAUUCUGUUCUGUUUUGGAUCCCCUCUGAGCGCCACACAGGCUGAGCCUCAAUGUAAAUUUGAGAGAAGCAGGGUUUUAAAGCUAGCCGAGACACAUUAGCCUGCAUUUACAGAAAAGUAUGGUGUUACUACAGGAAACCAGAGGGGCAGGAGUAGUUUGCGGCACACUGGGAAAAGGACUGCGAUUUGUUUUUGUUGCAGUUUUUCCCAAGGAACAGUCUUAUUUCAGCCUAAAGCUAUGAGAACGUAGGGAAUGAUUUGACAGAUUUCUGCGAAACUGACGUGAAUCAACCGUCUUUCUUUUCUCCUUCUAAUCUGUCAUCAGAGCAGAAACUGAAAAGCAUUUGAUAACCACUUCCUUCCUUGUUUUUGUACAUCCGCACAGUUGCAGCACCGUGUUACUGAACUGUGUAAAAAGAUGUUGAUCCUCAUUAGUGCAGAGGCUGCCUUAAUGCAUCAAACAGAUCCCACCACUACUCAUGAAGAGGGCUUAAGGGUGUGUGUUAUUGAAAAAUGAGUGCACCAGCAGGCACAAUUAAACCAGACACUACUGGUACUUUCUCUUUAAUACCUGUUGUUUUAUCUUCGGAAAGGAAAAAAAAAAAAUCUUUUGCUUUGUUUGUGUUACAUCUGUUUGGAGAGCAGAUGAAAAGGAAAAGCCAGCAAUAGAUGCAAGAGCAUUGAGAAAAAUCUAUUUUUAUGCAAGCUGCGUAGUCAUUGCAGCUUCACUGUAUCUCUUGCAUCAUUAAAAAACCAUGGCCAGAAGUGUUGAGGCUUAGUUGCUCUGAUUGAUUUCACUGCCUUAACUGACACUGACAAGAUGUGCCAAAUCGUAAUUUUCUAGCCAAAAAUAAUUUGAGUUUGUGAUGCUGACUUUUUGGGAGAGCCUGUCAAAUCUGUCUGUCACUUCCUCCUCUGUAUGGGUAAUCACUGUUGAAUUUUGAGUUGCAGCUCGUUGGUUUAAAAAAAGAAAACUAAAUACUGUUUUGAGAUGUGAUAUAAUGCAGCAAAAAAAAACUAGAAAAGAUGAAUUUGCAUAACUGGAUAUUUAUGUUUCCAAUCACUCAAACACUACAUAAUAUAUUCAGGUAAUUUCUAGGGUGAGUAAAUUUGUGGGAAUGGGAAGAUGUCUGUGUAUAAUGUCAGAUAUUACGCCUUACUGUUUUCUUUGUCUUUUUUUCUGUAUUAUCUAAAAUAACCUAUAUUUUUCAAUAAAAGAAACCCUGAACAUCAUC